UAUAUUUUUGGGGAGUUCAGCCCUGAUGAGUUUAAUCAGUUCUUUGUGACUCCACGAUGCUCUGUUGAGCUCCCCCCAUACAAUGAAACAGUUUCAUGUGGUAUUAAGUCCACAGGGGAAGAGUAUCAGAGAAUCGAAUUUGGUGUUAAUGAAGUUAUUGAGACACAGUCAUCUGUACUAAAUAACACUGACUACAGUAUUUCAAGUACUCUGAAUCCUCAGGCUCCAGAAUUCAUUCUCAGUUGUGCACCUGCUCAGAAAGCCCCUGAUGAUAGUCUCAGUGAAACAAAUUACAACUCCAUUGACUGCCAGUUCACUGAUCCAACACUCGCUUUGGACAGCAGCUCUAAUGCUGAAAACGAUGGCUUGUCUGGAGGCCUUGGACAAAGGGAGCGUAAAAAGAAGAAGAAAAGACCGCCUGGAUACUACAGUUACUUGGAAGACGUCAGUGACGGCAUUGCUCCCACAGAAGCUCUUGUAAAUGGCCAUGCAAAUUCGUCGGGACUAAACAGUAUAAGCACGGAGGAUACGGAACUGACGGCAGACAUACCCUCCCUGGCCACACCAAGGACUUGCAACAGCCCGGACAAUUCUGUGGACUUCGUUAAUGAAGCUGUCUCUGAUGAUUCUGUUUCUAGCGCACUAGACAAUACCAGGACUGCAGGGCAGCCUGAGGUAUGCCGUGUUACUAAUUCUGAACAGUUUUGCAUCCCCUCAGAGACUGGCAGAGAUAGCCCUUUAAGGACAGCUGUUGUACAGUCUUAUGCUGGUACUGAUACUACUGAAAAUCUUGGCGUUACUAAUGGACAAACACUUGAAUCCUCUGGUGAGGACACAGCUGCCAAUGGGGUAGAAUUGCACACUGUGGAAAGCACUGACUCAGACCAAGCUAAGCCUGAGGAAGCUUCACCUACUACUGAGGCAACAGUCCCAGUUGCAGGAUCAGUCCCUGUUAAUCAGCCUGCAAAAUCGUGGGCUAGUCUUUUUCACAAUUCCAAGCCCUCUGCUUCCACAUCUGUGGUCUAUGUUGAGACUAAGUAUACCCCUCCUGCCACAUCUACUCUGGUCCCUGAAAAACAGGUUGAAGUCAAAGAGGGACCUGUUCCAGUUUCAGAGGAUCCUGUAGCCAUAAAGAUUGCAGAAAUACUGGAAAAUGUAAGAUUAAUACAUAAACCAGUGUCUUUGCAACCACGAGGGCUGAUCAACAAAGGAAACUGGUGCUACAUCAAUGCUACCCUGCAAGCCUUGGUUGCUUGCCCUCCAAUGUAUCAUUUAAUGAAGUCCAUUCCAAUGUAUUCAAAAUCACAGCGGCCGUGUACCUCAACACCAAUGAUAGACAGUUUUGUUCGUUUAAUGAAUGAGUUCACUAAUAUGCCUGUACCUCCUAAAGCAAAACAAGCUUUAGGCGAUAAAAUUGUGAGAGACAUCCGACCAGGAGCUGCCUUUGAGCCUACAUACAUUUAUAGGCUUUUGACAGUUAUAAAGUCAAGUCUGUCAGAAAAGGGCAGGCAAGAGGAUGCAGAAGAAUACUUGGGAUUUAUCCUCAAUGGACUACAUGAAGAAAUGCUGACUCUAAAGAAACUUCUCUCUCCACAUAAUGAAAAACUCUCAGUGUCCAAUGGCCCUGAGGCUCAGACUGUUCAUGAAGAAGAGGAGCAAGAUGAACAAGGGGAAGGCAGUGAGGAUGAAUGGGAGCAAGUGGGACCUCGCAACAAAUCAUCAGUCACUCGACAGGCUGACUUUGUUCAGACUCCAAUUACUGAUAUCUUUGGUGGUCAUAUAAGAUCUGUUGUUUACCAGCAGAGUUCUAAGGAGUCUGCUACACUGCAACCUUUCUUCACCCUGCAACUGGAUAUCCAGUCAGACAAGAUACGCACAGUUCAGGAUGCAUUGGAAAGUUUGGUGGCAAGAGAGUCUGUCCAGGGUUAUACCACAAAAACCAAGCAAGAGGUGGAGAUCAGUCGAAGAGUGACACUAGAAGAACUCCCCCCUGUUCUUGUUUUACACCUCAAGCGGUUUGUAUAUGAGAAAACUGGUGGAUGCCAGAAGCUUAUCAAGAAUAUUGAGUAUCCUGUUGAUCUGGAAAUUAGUAAAGAGCUACUAUCUCCUGGUGUGAAAAGUAAAAUUUUUAAAGGCCAAAGAACCUACCGGCUCUUUGCAGUUGUCUAUCAUCAUGGAAACAGCGCAACUGGUGGCCAUUACACUACGGACGUCUUCCAAAUUGGUCUAAAUGGCUGGUUACGCAUCGAUGACCAGGCAGUCAAAGUGAUAAAUCAGUACCAGGUGGUGAAGCCGUCUGCAGAACGCACAGCCUACCUCCUGUACUACCGCCGAGUUGACCUGCUGUGAAACUUUUCCCUUUUACGCUGUGUGUGCAAGAUACCUGCUUUGUAGAACGCCAACUAUCACUAACUUUUUUUUUUCUCCUGUAAAUGCUCUUUUGAGUGAAUCUUUUUUCUUUUUUUUUUUUUUUCUUUUUUUUUCCUCCCUUGCAACUAUGGGAUAGCGUGAUAAAGGAAACUACCUUGGGUUUGUGCACAACAUAGUUUGUGUUGACUUUUGGCUUUGCAGAAUGAAGUCACUUGGUUGAAAGACUCAGUCGUAUAAAUCACAAAAAU